AUGGCCAAUGCUUCCGGAGCUAUCUCCCUGGCCUCAGUAUCCGUCAGAUCGGAAAAAUCGUCUGCUGCGAGCAUCUCGCCUUCUGGGUUUUUCUCGUUAUACAGAAACCCGAGGAGGAUGCUCUCCCUGCGUUGCGACGCGACCGUGGAAUGUUCUUCUCGUUCCAAAUCCCGUCUGCCUAGGUAACCAACCUAUUUUUCACUCUUUCUCAUUGCGAUAUCCUUCUUCGUCCAUCGCCAUCUGCAUGCAUGUGUCCUUCUCUCUUGCAAGUUCUCACAUUUCUUCGUGGAACCUUUUGGAUCGUAUACCAUUUCAUCGGGCGCCUGAGUGUGUGUAGAAAAGAAGGGAUCGCAAUGGUUGAAACCUUGACCGCGAAUGAAUACUCGAAUUUGUUUCCUCUACAUCUUUCCAAAAUAAUAAACGUGUGACUCUCGUGCCCCAGAAGUGAAUUUAAUUGAGACUUAGACGCCAUCGGAUGGAAUCCCUGUUCUUUGAACCCAUAAGAAUGUUUGAAUUCAGUGGGCAAUGAUUAAAAUGAUAAAGUUAAUGUGCAGCUGUUGGAUCAUCUCUUUGUAUUUCGGCUAUAUAAUAAGGGGUUUUCAUAUAGGGGUUCAGUUUUCUUGGUUUUCUUCUGCUCCAUUGAUCAGCAGUGGUUCACGCCUAGUCUCUGCUUUUAUCACUGUCGGCGCCUUGGAUUUGUAUCUUUUGAGUGCCUGUUGUGAAGAAUAUGUUUAUAUUUGCUAUGUCUUGUGAAAAAUCAGAAUCAUGGCUUCUAUGUAAAUUUUCCACCCUUUUAAUUGCUUCUUCCUUCGGAUUCGUAAUAAUGAAACAAAAUGAAACUUCUGCUUGUAACUCCCUUCAGGCGUACAUUUAUAACAUGUUGACAUGAUGAGGAUGUCUAACCAUGACAUUGAAACCAUUAUUCUCGUUUGUUUUAUUUUGGAGGGUUGCGAUAUUUCUAUUGCGAAUUUUGAGGAAAAAUAUUAGCAGACGGGAUUUUUUAUAGCUCAAUGACUGAGAAUAGAUGCUUAUGGUUGUAUACAUAUACGUGAUAAAUAUCAAGAGUCGUCUUGUAGUUGAUCUCUAUCUUCAAGUUCCAGUGCUCAUUACCAGAAUAAUAUUUUCCAUUUUAUUGAAAAUGGGCAUUAAUUUUUUGUGAAUCCUUUCUAAACCUUUGUUAUACAUUUGUAGACUUGUUGGGAUGGGCUCGAAGCUUGUUGGUUGUGGUUCUGCCUUGCCAAAGCUUCAGAUUUCUAAUGAUGAUCUUGCAAAAAUAGUUGAAACAUCAGAUGAAUGGAUUUCUGUUCGCACGGGGAUUCGUAAUCGUCGGGUUCUUUCAGGUAUCCGCAUUGGGAUCUCUUAGUCCUCCUACUUGUCUCUAAUUACCUAUUGGCACGAUAUGGAUGGCAUAACUUGCCGUAUAUGCUUCAGAUUCUGCAUUCUCAUCAUUCCUAGACGGCCCUCUUGAACCCUAGAUACGUCCUUAUUGACUGGACGCUACUUCUCUUUGGGGGAUUCAUUUUUGAGGUCCUUAAAACUCAGAAAAUGCCCCACAUGAUUGAGGGUCUGCCCCUACAAGGGGUGGCAAUGGUGGAGCUGGGUAAGUUCAGACCCCAAGUCAGGGAGAUAAAAUCCUCAUUCCGCUGCAUUCUUCCAUAGCUUAUGGUCUUUUUGUACUUCUUAACCGCCCUUUGACAGGAGAAGAGACAUUGUUUGAACUGGCCUCUGAUGCUGCCAAGGGAGCACUCAGCAUGGCACAGGUGUCACCUGAUGACGUUGACUUAAUCCUAAUGUGCACAUCCACCCCAGAAAAUCUUUUUGGUGAUGCAGCUCGGGUACGUUUGAGAAAACAUCUCGCUUUUUUAUAUAGAUACUCGUAUUAAGCAAGUGGCUGAUGCUAUUGCAUGACUUUCAUGCACAGGGUUUCUGUGAUAUUUCUCUUUGAUUUGCACUUCACUAGUUGUCUCCCGCCUAGAGUUUACACCAUGCUAGUUAGUUAAAAUGAACAUUUUUUAUCCAUGCUACGAUCCCUUCUUCCUUCACCACAUUCUCAAAUGAACAGCUGGUUUGUAGCUUCAUUUUUUGUCAUCUAUCUAUUUUGUUUAAGUAUGCUGUGAACUUUUUGAGCGUGCAUUUUAGUGGAGACGGGAUUGAUUUUGUAUUAAAUAUCAGUAAACAUUGAGAAAUUCACUAUGCUCCUAUAACGCUGAAAUUUUCCCUUUUAUAAUUUUUUCUUAGACUAUCUCCGACUUUUGUCAUUCUAUUUUUCAGAUGAGAUCUGUGUAUAAACGUAGGCAUUAUUCUUUUGAUGACCAGUUUUGAUAUUGUCUCAAAUGACAACGCUCUGGGUUUGUAGUUUGUGUUUCAACAAUUAUAGAAUUUAUAAUCCUCCACUGCAAGUAGAUUCGAUGUCUUCUAUUAAAGAAAUUGAGACUGAAAAUUUCAAUUUCUGGAGAUGCCUCUCAGUGGCAAAUUAAGGGUUUCAAUUAUAGUAUUAUAUGGGGAACCAGGCUAUCUAGUUGAUGCCCUGAAAUAAUAUAAUUAUCAGGCUAUUGAACCUUCCUGAAAAAAUGGGUCGGUAAUUACUAUGUAGGAUAUCACUCGAGGACAGGAUUGAGUACAAGCGCUAUUCUCUCCAUCCAUUCAUGUUCUUGAUCCUCUCAUUCAGGGGGUUUGACGAUGCAGAGACAUUUUUCUUAUCAAGUUGAAGAUAUCGCGCAUAGUUGCACAUGCCAUGCGUGAUAUAUUAUUCAAUAAUGAACCCAAGGGCUUACAUUACUCUCCACUUACUUUAUAAACUUGAGGUGCUAAAAAAAAAUCUCCAAAAGAGGGUCACAUUCGUUUAUCGAGGAAUUGAAAGCGUUGAGUCUGAUGGGAAAAUAAUUGCAAGAUGAAAACUCCGAAAGAGAUUUUUCUUAGAUCUUAUGAUGCUUUUGCACCUCGCUUUGGGGUUAUAACCAUUAAGUUUUUGGGGUUAUAAUCAUUUUGGAGUUCAUGUUGCAUUUUUUUGUAAAAAAAUAAUUUCGCCCGAGCUGUGCACAUUUAAAUCGAGAAAUUGCUGCAUAUAUUUCAAAUCUUGCUCCAUACUUCAUUUUUCCAUCUUUAUUCCUUCUCAUGUUCUAAGUUUUCCUCAACAGAGCCUCAACUCCAGUUAUUUAUCGUUCAGGUUCAGAGAGAGUUAGGGUGCAAAAAUGCUUUGUCUUUUGACAUCACUGCUGCGUGUAGUGGUUUUGUUGUGGGACUGGUGACAGGCUCUCGUUUCAUCAAAGGUAGCCUUGUUUAUAGUUUAAAUAAAAAUAUAUAUUUCUUGUCAAGAUUCUUGAAACUGUUUCUGAAAAUGCAGGUGGUGGUUAUCAGAAUGUCCUUGUAAUCGGAUCAGAUGCUCUUUCACAGUAUGUGGAUUGGAGUGACAGAGGAACAUGCAUUCUAUUUGGUGAUGCUGCUGGUGCCGUGUUAUUGCAGGUAUGUAAAGAAAGCUUUUCUCUUAAUUGUGCAUUCUGUUUAGUUUUUUUUUUCCCCCCCUUUCUGGGUUUCAAACUAGGAGGAAAAUAUUAGGGUUUCAAUUCGCAGUCCCCCUUCUCACUGAUGUAGUUAUAGUGAGGGGAGCAUACCAUAAGACCUAAUAUGGGCCCAUGCCUUCAAUGAAUCACUAACCCAAUAUGAUAGUAGGCCUCUUAAAUCCAUAUUCUACUGGAUUCUAACAAUGUGCUGAGGGCAACCAAGGCUUAUGAUCGGUAAAUGAUCAGGCGGGGCCAGUUUGCAAUAUCCCAGCCUGUUCCCCACUCCGGUUGACCUUGAGAGGCAAAUGAUCGGUUGCAUUCUUAAAUGCCAAGUACAACUAAAAAAAUAAAUCAGUAAAGCUAGAAAAAUCAAUGACCGGGCAUCAAUCAGAGGAUUGGCAUUGGGAGAAAAGGAGGCCUUCUGAUAUAUCAAGGAUGAUGUAACUCAUCGGUGGAGACUCUGCUGGGGGACUGCGAAGGGGCAGUAAAAUUUGAUCUAUGAUGUUUAAUCAAUUAGCAAUAAAGAUACCUAGUAACAUGAAGAAAUGAAAGAUCUGGUCUUUUUCAAGGAAUUUAGAAGGAAAGACCUAGAACAUGCUCACACAGGCAAAACCACACGCAAGCAGAGCUCGAGAGGAGAGUGAAAUCAGGAAAGUUAUAAAAUAGUUUUUGUGGUAUUCACACGCUCACACAAGCAUCGCUAGUUAUUUUCAUUGUUCGCUAGUUUGAAAUCUAAUGGCAUGCACUUCGCUCGAUGGAUCAUCAUCCGGGAGCCCGUUUGAGAGAGGUACACAAACAACAGAAGGUUUUGAUUUGUGACUCAUGAAGGCGAACAAAUCGGCAGAAUCAGAGUCUGUACGUCUGAAGAUCUGUGUGGACAUAUCAACGUUUCUGUUUUUUUCAAGGAUUAAGCUUUUAAAAAUACGGGGGCAUCUGGGGAGGUUUCUGCCUCAGAUAGUGCGCAUUCUUCCGGUCAAACAGUUGAAGAACCGGAGAUAAUAUCAAGUCGCAGAGCUCUCAGCCACCCUUGUCUUGAUCAAUUUUUGGUUCCUGAGAGAGGGCGUAUGUUAGAAAUCAUUUUCCUCAGGUCAUUGUUUUCUUGCUAUAUGCCACGAAGUGACCAAUCUCUUUGAAUGCAAUAUGAAAUAAAAAUGCCUCUUUUGGUCUCUCUUCCUUACAUUGUUCUUGUCUAAUCCUGCAACUUCACGGACCGACUGUUGACUGAUUCGCUCUAAGUUGUGGUGGUCACUUACCUCGAACAAUCUUCGAUCUCCCCUAAUAGAUCAUGAUCUUGAUAUUUUUUUCUUUCCUGUGGGGCAACUAUUUACAGGCUUGCUCGGAAAAGGAGGACGGGUUUCUUGGGUUUGACCUUCAAAGUGAUGGGCAUGGUGAAAAGUACAAUCUCUCUCUCUCUCUCUCUCUUUCUCUCUCUCUCUGUAUCUAAUGAGAGGUCUAACUGCUACUGCAGACACCUAAAUGCUAUCAUAGUGGAUGAGGGGGAGCUCCCCGCCGACAGCAACGACGCCCCAGACUUCCCCCCACGGAAGCCCUCAUAUUCUUGCCUGAAGAUGAACGGCAAGGAGGUCUUCCGCUUCGCUGUCCGGUGUGUGCCUCAGUCCAUCGAGGCCGCCUUGGACGAAGCUGGCCUCCCAUCUUCCACCAUCGACUGGCUGCUCCUCCAUCAGGUACCAUGUCCCAAACUCCCCUCUUUGAAUCCCAUUCGCUCCAAGACCGACCGACCGACCGACCGACUGACUGACUGAAUGUAAUGAUGCAGGCGAACCAGAGGAUCAUAGACUCUGUCGCAAACCGCCUGCAGAUCCCUUCCCAUAAGAUUAUCUCCAACCUGGCGAGCUACGGGAACACGAGCGCCGCCUCCAUACCUCUGGCCUUGGAUGAAGCCGUACGGGGUGGCCAGGUCAAAGCUGGUGACGUCAUCGCCAUGUCCGGCUUUGGGGCCGGCCUUACGUGGGGUUCUAUCAUCGUGAGAUGGGGAUGA